GUGCAGCAGAACGGAAGUGGAACAUACCACACCCAAUUAGAACCCAUCUGUAAUCUAAGCAGAGCUCAUCAUCUUCAACAGCAGGGAGCUGCAGCGGCAUCCUAUCUUCCUUCCGAAAGAAAUUCAACAAACCCAUCCCUUGAAAGCCAAUCUACCUAUUCCCAUUCUCACCCAAUAUCAAAAUCGAAACCCAACCCAUCUUCGCUUCCUCUCCCGCUCUCAUCGAUUAAAUAUCAAUCUCCUUUCUUCCUGCUUCGCCCUCCGCUGGUCUUCAAUGGAGACUCUGACUUCUCUCUGCGCGAGCCAGGCUCUUGUUUCCCACACGGCCCGCCCAAUGCCCAUUUCUGCCGCCGGAAGCUCCAUCUCCGCAAAGGGAUACGCUUGCUCUAUCAAGUCUCGAGCUUUUCCUCCGAGGAAGCAGAGGGCGAGUGUCGUCAAGGCCGCCGUCGCCGUUGAGCAGCAGACCGAGAAGCCCAAGGUUGCGCUCAUCAGAAUUGGCACCAGGGGAAGCCCGCUGGCACUAGCUCAGGCUCAUGAGACUAGGGAGAAACUCAUGGCUGCACACUCUGAGCUAGCUGAGGAAGGGGCUAUCGAGAUUGUGAUCAUAAAGACGACAGGAGAUAAGAUCCUCAGUCAGCCCCUUGCUGACAUUGGUGGGAAAGGGUUGUUCACCAAGGAAAUUGAUGAGGCGCUGAUCAAUGGUGACAUUGACAUUGCGGUGCACUCCAUGAAAGAUGUGCCUACCUAUUUACCUGAACAGACAAUCCUGCCUUGCAACAUGGAUCGAGAAGAUGUUAGAGAUGCAUUCAUCUCGUUGAAUGCAUCUUCACUGGCAGAUCUCCCUGCUGGGAGCAUAAUUGGCACUGCUUCCCUCAGGAGAAAAUCGCAGAUACUGCACCGGUAUCCUUCGCUCAAGGUGGUCGAAAACUUCCGUGGCAAUGUGCAGACGAGGUUACGAAAACUGAAUGAGGGAGUGGUGCAUGCAACUUUGUUAGCUUUAGCUGGCCUCAGACGUUUAAACAUGACAGAGAAUGUGACAGCCACUCUGUCAAUCGACGACAUGCUCCCGGCUGUUGCUCAAGGAGCCAUCGGGAUUGCUUGUAGAAGCAAUGAUGAUAAAAUGGCCGAGUACCUAGCUUCACUAAACCAUGAAGAGACAAGGCUAGCAGUCACAUGCGAGAGAGCCUUCCUUUUAACUUUAGAUGGUUCUUGCCGCACUCCUAUUGCUGGAUAUGCCAGCAGAGAUGAGAAUGGCGAUUGCUUAUUCAAGGGACUGGUUGCUUCUCCAGAUGGGACUCGCGUGCUAGAGACUUCCAGGAAAGGUCCAUAUGCCAUUGAUGAUAUGAUACUGAUGGGGAAGGAUGCCGGGAAGGAACUGCUUUCGCGGGCAGGACCUGGAUUCUUCAACUCAUGAGUCGAUGGACAGCAAGAAGUUGAGAGAACGAUAGCGCGGCAGAAACACGAAGGCUAGUGUAGAGAAGUUGGAGAUUUUUUUUUUUUUGGGCUAGGAUGCAAGGCUCUUGAGUGCUGUUUGUUUCAAUGUACCACGGAACAUGAAAUUGUUUGUUGUAUUUGUAACUAGAUAUGUAAUUUGUUUGUGGCGGUGUAAGAUGGCAUGGAAGCAUGAUUAGCGAUACAAUUCUCGAAAUUCAGGAUUUGUUCUGCAGAAACCCCGCUGGAGUUUUCUCAGAUGUUCACCGAGUCCGACGCUCGUGGUUGUAAAUCGCAGUUGAUCAUUGUAAUAUAGCACCAAUGUGGUA